CAACCCCAUGAAGUACUACUAUCAAGUGGUAACGACGCCGACGGCCGACACCCCGGGCAGCGCGGUCGUUCUCAACUUCCCCGAUAAACGCUACCUCUUCGGUCAGGUCGCCGAAGGAACGCAGCGAGCAUGCGCGGGAACGUCGGUCAAGUUCGGUCUCAUGACCGACAUCUUCCUCACGGGCCGGUUGGAGAUGAACAACGUGGGAGGGCUGUUCGGUGUCAUCCUCACGCUAGCCGAUGGACUGGCCAGCGCAGCAGCCAAUUUAUCGGAGAAGCAGAAGAAGAAAGAGGCAGACGAGCGGCAGCAGAGGCCGAAGCAGGACCCCGCUGCGGGGAAGGCAGGUGGACUGCCUAUUUCAUACCCGGGAUGCAAGCGGAUCGCGCAGAGAGGGACCCUGACGGUUCACGGCGGGAAAAACCUCACGCACCUGAUGGCUACUGCGCGCAAAUUCAUCUUCCGCCAGGGUCUACCCAUGUAUAUGCAGGAACAUGAUGGGGACAGCCUGGCUGAACAGCGUGGGGGUUUCCCAGACCCAUACGAACAACCGACGUGGUCAGAUCAGAAUAUCAAGGUCUGGAUCAUGGCCGUGAGCCCUGAGUCUCAAUCUCAGUCCAAGGGCAAGCGCACAAGGAAGCGCAGCCACGAGGAGUUUCGCGAGGAGGACAAAGCUGGGGUCGAGGAGGAAAAGGCUGCAGCGCUAGCCGAUCAGGUUAUCAGACAAAAUGUGGUAUCGAACAUGUUUAAUUCAACAUGGAAACUGGAUGCUUUACAUGAGACUAAAUUAAAAGACGUGCAGAUGCCCGGGCUCAUCUUUGUCAGGGACCCGGUAACCAAGGAUUUGCGACGGUACACCGGCCCGGCUCCUGGAGGCCGCACGCCGGUUCCUGACAUUACCGUGCUGGUGCGCAAACCUUGGCCUGGUGCCAAUGUGGAGAGGAUUCCUCCCGUGUCUUGGAACGAAGAGGCCAUCUCUUACAUCGUCCGGAACCACAACAUCAGAGGGAAGUUCGACCCUCUCAAGGCUCAGGCUCUGAAGGUCCGUAAGGGCCCCGAUUACGCCAAGCUGACUAGAGGUGAUAGCGUUAUCUCAGAGGAUGGUCAGAUUAUCACGCCCGAUAUGGUUCUUGAUGAGGAAAAGGUUGGCAAAGGUGUCGCAAUCAUAGAUUUGCCUUCGCCAGCCUAUGUGGAGAACCUGGUCAACCGCCCUGAGUGGGACUCACCUACGGCGGCCUUGAAUCUGGAAGCUUUCAUCUGGAUCCUGGGCCCAGGUGUGGGAGAUCACCCUAAGCUUCGCACAUUCGUCGCGAAGAUGUCGCACUGCACGCAUACGGUCUCCAGUCCCGAUUACUGUCCCGAUUACCUGGCCAUGAAAGAGGUUGCCGAGUCGACGGUGCAGAUGGCCAUGGUCAGGCCCGACAACUAUGCCCUGCCUGUCUAUGACAAUGUGACUGUUCCACAACCCAGGCUCCUCAAUGAAGCAGUGGUCCCAUCGAACGAACGUGCCCCCUUGCGACCUCUAAAGCCGGGCCUGAUUAUCAACAUGGAGCCCACUUUCGAGGUCGAUGAAUCUGAGGUUACUCCUCAGUAUGAUCCCAGUAAUGCCCAGGAAAAGUUGCCGAAGGCCGUUGAGGCUCGAAUGAAAAUAAUUUCUGGACAGGAAGAAGCUCCGGAGUUCCAGGAUAAACUGGCAGCGUUCCGCAAGGACCUUCCUGGUGCUGACGUCGAAAUCAUCACUCUGGGAACUGGGUCAUCUGUACCAUCCAAGCAUCGAAAUGUCUCCAGCACGCUCAUUCACGCACCAGGCAAUGGUUAUUACUUACUCGACUGCGGCGAGGGCACUCUUGGACAGCUCAAGCGCGUCUUUGGACCUGAGGCAUUGCGCGAAGUUUUCCAGAAUAUGCGGAUGAUUUGGAUCAGUCAUCUCCACGCUGACCACCACCUUGGUAUUGCGAAUGUGAUCAAGGCCUGGUAUCAGGCAAAUUAUCCCAAUGGUGUGUCACGGACCGACGUGAUCGAGGAAGACAUGUCCAAGAUUCUACGGGAUAAGCGCCUGUUCGUUGUAUGCGAACAAAUGAUGACUACUUGGCUCGAGGAAUAUGCCAGUGUCGAGGAUUACGGCUUCCAAAAGGUGACGGCUUUGAGCGCUUUUCCCGAACAGAUCCGAAGCGGUAUUUUCGAGACAUCAUUUGCCUAUCGUCACUGCCGCGCCGACGGUACCUUCCCUGGGCAACGGGAGGCGCAAUCUCAACCCAAGACAACCAGGCUCCGAUUCCAGGAUGAUUCGGACCCCCUCUCGGCUCUUCUCCGUGAAGCCAUCGGCCUUUCCGACAUCCUACCGUCCCGAGUUUCACACUGCCGUGGAUCCAUGGCUGUGACCCUUGUGUACCCCGAUGGCUUCAAGCUUUCCUUCUCCGGCGACUGCCGUCCUUCGGAGAACUUUGCAGCUACAGGCCGCGGCUCGACGGUUCUCAUCCACGAAGCCACUUUUCAAAACGACAUGGCGGGGAGCGCGAUAGCUAAGAAGCACUCCACGUACGCCGAAGCCUUGGAAGUCGCGCGUCAGAUGCAAGCCCGGGCCCUCCUCCUCACCCAUUUCAGCCAACGCUACCAGGGAAAUGUCGCAAUGAACAACGGCCAGUCUUCGCAGAAGGCCCAGGACGAACCAGGUUCGAACAGCUCUGCCAGCCUGCGAACCAAGGACGUCCCUGAUGAUGAGGAAGGGCUGGUUGAGGAGAGCAACCCCCAGCUUGAGGGCUCGAACGAAGACACCGGCGGCGUGAUCAUUGCCAAGCCCAGCACCCAGUACAACGGGCCCCACGUCAACGCCUUUGACUACAUGCGCCUCCGUGUCGGAGAUUUCCCCGUCCUCCAGGCUUAUGUACCGGCCAUGGAGACGCUGUUUGCGAUCCUGGAGAGAGCUGCAGCGGAAUCUGCGGAGAAGGCUCAGCAGCAGAAGCCGGCAAAGAAGCAGAAUUCGAAGUUGAAGCCGGCCAACAAAAAGAUUGAAAAGACCGGAAAGGCUGGAAAGGCUGGAAACUCUGGAAACUCACAGAGAAUUGGAGAUAGGGGUGCCAACCGUUCCCGCAAGGCUUCCGCCUCCGCGGCGGAUGAGAAGGAUGUGGUCGCAGAAGCUGGAACGGCUCAGGAAGAUGGAAACCCUGGAAUUACAAGAAGUGUUGGGAUAAGAGUUGAGAAGGCUGUCAACCGUGCUCUCACAGCUUCGGCCUCCUCAGCCGACAAGAUGGAGAUUGAAACGAGUGCCAACAGAGCCGAAAGGGCUGAAAAGCGCGCUGCCAGACAUGCUGCCAGAGCUUCCUCCCCCCCAACCGACGAGUCCGAUGAGGAUCGCAACGCCAGAAGAGCUAACCGGGCUGAAAAGCGCGCUGCCAGACGCGCUGCCAGAGCCUCCGCCUCCGCCUCCUCGGCCGAUGAGAUGGAAGUGGACUCGGAAGCAGGAAAAGCCAGAAGAUCUCGCAGCCCUAGAAGAGUUACUGCCAAACGUGCCGGCAAGACUUCCGCCUCCUCCGCUGAUGAGAUAUAAGUGGACACCGAAGCGGGAAAAGCUAGAAGAUCCACCAGCCCUAGAAGAGCUACUUCCAAACGUGCGGGCAAGGCUUCCGCCUCCUCAGCCUCCGAGACGGACAAGGACGCCAAAAAGCCCGGGGCGCGUUCGAGGUUGAAGUCGCGUGCUAGUGGGGAUGAGAGCGAGUGAGAGCCAUGAGCGGUGUUGAGGGAGAUGCAAUGUCAGUCCUAGGGCUAUGGCAUCCAUUCAGUGCAUGAAGAGUGCUUGUUUACAGGUCCGACCUCGGCUGUUCCUUAGGUAUGGGUUGGGCUUUGGGAGAAGGGAGAGAUUAUAGCAUUUAUGCUUAUAGAUACCAGGUCUCGUUGGGGGUGUACUGUACAUAGUUCACCUGUAUGUAGUAUUGUAAAUUGAGGAGACAAAAAGUCC